AUGGAGCCAGGGAUGUGUGGUAGGGCUUACGUGCUGGCAGGCAGGCUUUGGACUGCCAUCAGCAAGGCACUCUUUGCCGAGUUCCUGGCCACAGGGCUGUAUGUGUUCUUUGGUGUGGGCUCAGUCCUGCCCUGGCCCGUGGCACUUCCCUCUGUGCUGCAGAUUGCCAUCACCUUCAACCUGGCCACAGCCACGGCUGUGCAGAUCUCCUGGAAGACCAGUGGGGCCCAUGCCAACCCUGCUGUGACACUGGCCUACCUCGUGGGUUCCCACAUCUCUCUGCCUCGGGCUGUGGCCUAUAUAGCUGCCCAGCUGGCAGGGGCCACUGUCGGGGCUGCUCUGCUUUACGGAGUCACUCCUGGAGGUGUCCGGGAGACCCUCGGGGUCAACGUGGUCCACAACAGCACCUCGACUGGCCAGGCAGUGGCAGUGGAGCUGGUUCUGACCCUGCAGCUGGUGCUCUGUGUCUUUGCUUCCACGGACAACCGGCAAACCUUGGGCUCCCCAGCUGCCAUGAUUGGGACCUCUGUGGCACUGGGCCACCUCAUUGGGAUCUAUUUCACUGGCUGCUCCAUGAACCCAGCGCGCUCUUUUGGUCCUGCUGUCAUUGUUGGGAAAUUUGCAGUCCACUGGAUCUUCUGGGUGGGACCUCUCACAGGGGCUGUCCUGGCUUCACUGAUCUACAACUUUAUCCUAUUCCCUGACACCAAGACUGUGGCCCAGCGACUGGCCAUCCUUAUGGGCACUGCAAAAGUGGAGAAAAUGGUAGAGGCAGAGCCCCAGAAGAAAGACUCUCAGUCUAACUCAGAAGACACAGAAGUGAGCGUGUGACAGAGUAGCUGGUGACCCCU